UAUUAAUGGAUCGGGAUAGAUGUGAGAUAUAUACAUAUUGUGCAUUGGGAGAGACACGCUGCUGAUCCCCGGCAAAAGCAUGUGCACAGAAGGGAUUUUUGGCUGAGGAGUAUCGAACCUAUCUGGCCGCUGUUGUGGCGUUAGUGGGCGCAAAUGCUUGUAAUACCAUCCUUGGCACUUUCUUAGCCGCUAGUGUACUUGUCGUAUUAUUGUACACAACGGCAGAUGCUCCAGUGUAUUGUGUUACCGGGGAGAGAUUUCGCCUUCUCCCCAUCGCGCCGCUGUUACUGCCACCAGCACUAACAACGCCAUGCGCCUGCGUGACUCAAGUGCCUGAUAAUUUCUUCCCCCACUCAAAUUAUAUUCACAACCAAUAACGCCGGACGCGUGUUACGGCACUAAUCGUCAAGUCACUCGCCGUGUGUGUAAAUCAUUUAUUUUUCAUACCGCUCUAAUCUGUGAUGGAUUUAUCGGACACGUACAGGGAUUAGCAGCGACCCGGCCCUGUUAUUUGGUCACAGCCGGCAUCAUGCAGCGUCAGGAAUCACGGCCCUUGGACAAUGAGGGCUACCAGGGACCAAAAAUCACCUUCGGCAUCGAUUUACCGGAUGACACCUGGAACAGUAAUCAGCCGCAUCCGGACAUUAAUUCCCCGUCUUUCACCGGCAACAACGGCGCCUACCAUGACCGCUUCCCCGGCGCGGCCGCCAAUAAAGUGCACCGCUUCAAGGAUAAACUCCGCGAGGAAUUCUCCACCGGCUUCAUCAUUCCCAAGAUUUUCUAUUUUUUCUUCUUCUGUGCUUUCGGCAGCUUCUUCCCGCUGAUGGCCAUCUACUAAAAUCUGGCCUUCACCGCCGCGCAGGCCGGCAUCCUCAUCGGGGUACGGCCCUUCAUCGAGUUCAUCUCGUCGCCCAUCUGGGCCAAGAUUGUCGAUAAACUGGGCCGGCUCAAGUGGAUUCUCAUGUUCUCCUUAUUGUCGCUCAUCGGCUUUACAUUGACCAUCAGCCAGAUUCGGCCGAAACACUCCGGGUGUCUGGCUUGGAACCUCACCCACUACUGGUUCCUGGAUCCGCUGGUGGAGCUGGAUAACGACGCCGAUAUCGGGGAAUUCCCGCAGACGCAGACGGUGCCGGAUCACGAUAUGCGGCUGCAUCUCCCGCCGGGUCACGUGGUCGGCUGGUCGCCCAUGAAGUUGAAACAGUAUAAUGUGAUUAAUUACAAUAAGGAGGAUGAGAACGAGAACGAGUGGUUGAAACCGCCGUUUAGUGCGGCGGUGUACCGUGCGGAUAAUGUCGCCAAGACCUUUUGGACGCUGCUGCUGGUGGUUAUAUUAAGUGAGUUCUGCGCGUCGCCGGCCAUUCCCUUGGCGGAUGCCGCAACGAUUGCCAGUUUACCGCCUGGAGAGGUCAACCGGCACGCUCGCCAACGCAUGUUCGGCUCCUUCGGCUGGGGUCUGGCCAUGUUCUGUGUCGGGUUUGUCCUGGACCAUUCGGCCAUGAUCGGCUGGCAUCCCUGCGAUGUUAAUGAUAAACACGAACGUAACUACACCUACUGCUUUGCGGCAUUCACGACCUUUAUGGGGAUUGCCACGAUAACGGCCUUCCGCUUCAAGCUGAAGGAUCUGCCCAGUCAGUUGGGCACCGUGCCGUGGCGGAUCGGGUUUCCGGCCAUGCAGCAGCAGCCCAUGGAUACCAAGUAUACGUAUCCAUCCAGUUCGGCGCAUCUGCAGGAUGACGAGGGAAUGCUGGAUGCGCCGAUCAUAACAACCAGCAACGCGGACGAUCUGGACGCCACCAUCGAUAACAAUCCCAUGCGCACCGACUACGGCAGUCUACUGCAAGUGUUCCGCACAUACGGAAAUAUCAAGUUUUACGUCAUGCUAUCCACGGGCUGGUUCAUGGGCUUUGGCACGGCAUUGACAUUCUCCUACCAGUUCUGGCAUUUACAAGAUUUGGGUGGGAAAGCCUCGGUGUUCGGUAUCGCAUCAAUUAUCAACCAUACUUGCGAGAUCCUGAGCUUUUUCGUUACCAGUAAACUAAUCCGGCGGAUUGGUGUUUAUAAAGCCAUCUAUCUGUCCUUUGCCUUGAAGGGGAUCAGAUUUCUCUUCCUAUCCUGGGUGGACAAUCCCUGGUGGGUCAUUCCCUUCGCCAUAAUGCAAGGUUUUACCCAUGCAUUACAAUGGAUUGCCAUCUGCUCAUACUUCAGUUUACUGACCAUUUCCACACAAGGACUGCAGCCUGCCAUGCAGGGUAUUCUAGCCAUUUGCCAGCAUGGGUUUGGCCGUGCUUGCGGCUCGAUUUUCGGUGGCUUCUUCAUGGAGGCCUAUGGCUCCGGAUUGCUCUUCCGCGUGUACGGCAUCUUCUGUUUCUUCCUGGGCGGUGGCCUCUUUGGCUUUCUAUGGUUCUACGGACGCUACUACGAGCACGGAGGUACUUCAGUGGACAGUGACCAACCCAUGCAUCUGCUGCAGGAAGGCCCUAACUAUCUCAAUCCGCACGGCGUCCCCGGCACUUCCGUGUCGCGCUCCCCGUCACCCACGCCCGACCGGAUGCGGCAGAUGCAGGGCAGCCGGAGCGCGGCCGAUGUCCGGACCACCGCACAGCAGCCGGCGCAGGUCACGCUGCACUCCACGGCGUCCUAUGGAGCGAUGCACUGAGCAGCAUCUUCCUCAGAUGCAAAAAAAUAAAGCAAAUCAGGAAUAAAAAUCUCGGCUUGAUCGAUGUACGGUCGGUGUUCCUGUCGUGGAGGUUAUGGAGUGAAGCAAUACCCGGUGUGGCAUGAGAGUGGUACUCUGCAGUCUCAUGCACUGGACCCGGGUUUUACUUUUAUGUUUGAGAAGUAUAUUUACUUAAUAAUUAGCGGCAAUCUCUUGUGUUGUGGUAUGGCGGGGCAGCCAUGGAAAAAACGCAUUUAGGGUGUUGCAUGGUUAAUAUAGUCGUCUUGUUGACCUUUAUGCAGUACAGGUCUGUGAAUGCAACCGGUGGUUUAAUAUACGGUAAACAUUGAUUUGUGAUGCUCUAAAUAAAA